AUGUACCAUCAGAAGGUUGAGGAGAUACUGAAGUUGCUAAAGGAAAUCCUUGAUGUCAUUAUUGAUGCUGAAAUUGCUUCAAAUGAAAUGCUUCAAAAACCAUUUGCUGGUCUUCGUCAGUCUGUUGGUGAACUGAAAGAGAUAAUUGAAAUCUGGCAACCAUUGAUGAGUAAAAUCUACUUUGUUUUACAAGUUGAACCAUUGAUGAAAAAUAUCCAACUUUCUGGUUUGGAAAUUCUCGAGUUGCUGAAAUCUUUUAAUAAAUGUUUACCAGCUGAAUUAAGUGCUACCAUUCUUGAGCACUGUGUACAGAAAAUUAAGCAUAUGGGAUAUGAACAAACAACAGCAACAAUCACGAUAGCUAUAAAGGAUCACGUUGAGGGCCCUGGAGCCAGCUCUGAAACCCUGGCAAAAGUUGCUGAUAGCCUGAGCUUAAAAUCAAACCAGGAACUUCUGAUUGAGGCUGUGGCCCUUGAGAAAUUGAAAGAAAAUGCUGAACAAGCUGAAAAAGCUGACGAAGUUGAAUAUAUCGAUGAAAUGAUUGCUUUGGUUACCCACAUGCAUGAGCUCCUCGUUAUCAAUAAACAGUCGGACAGCUGUAAUCCUGUUCCAAUACCUGCUGAUUUCUGUUGCCCUCUCUCACUUGAACUCAUGACAGACCCUGUAAUUGUUGCUUCUGGACAAACAUACGAGCGAGCUUUUAUACGGAAGUGGAUUGAUCUUGGGCUUACUGUUUGCCCAAAAACAAGGCAAACUUUGUCACACACUAAUCUUAUUCCUAAUUACACUGUCAAGGCAUUGAUUGCAAAUUGGUGUGAGUUGAAUGAUGUAAAGCUGCCCGACCCGAUGAAGUCUAUUAACUUGAACCAGGCUUCUCCAUUUCUUGUGCAUGUGGAGUCAGGUGGUGCCAGAAGAAUCAAUCAUUCUCCCAUACCAGAUCCAACUCAGUCGUUGGGUUCUCCAAUAAAUACUUCAAUCUCAUCUAAUGGAGUCCAAGGAGAGGGAUUUUCUCCAUCUCAUCUUCAUUCAUCUUCAGAGGAUUCGUUGCCAGGAGCUGAUGUGAAUGGGAACGAGUCGGACAUUGAUAGAAUCUCUCUCAGAAGUUCUGAUGACAGGUCGGACCACUCGGAAGAGAGAAGUUUGAACUCAGGUGGCCAUCUCUCGACAUCGCCAUCUGGAAAUAAUGUUGCCGGUGCUGAUGAAUGGUCAUCUCAGGGCCAUAAUCGUACUAAUUCAGCCUCCAGCAUGCAUUCUAAUUCUAAUAUUUCACAAGGGACGCCUGCUGAUGGCAAUCAGGUGUCAUUGCAGGGUGUAGUCCACGGUAGAAAUGCUUCUGAAGAGCUAAAGUCAGAGCCCCAGUCUGCUUCUACCUUGAAUGCCCUGGAAAGGGAUCCCGACAUCCCAUCUAGACUGGAGACAAGAUCUCGUGUCCCAACAAUCUGGCGGAGGCCAUCAGAGAGGUUUAUGCCAAGAAUGGUUUCUUCUGCAGUUGAAUCUAGGGCUGAUCUUUCAGAAGUUGAGGCACGCGUUUCGAAGCUGGUUGAGGACCUGAAUAGUACUUCCCUUGAUGCACGGAGGACUGCAACAUCUGAACUGCGGUUUCUUGCGAAGCAUAACACAGAUAAUCGAAUUGUAAUUGCAGAUUGUGGGGCUAUCAGCUUGUUGGUCAAUCUACUUCAUUCAACUGAUGCAGAAGUACAGGAAAAUGCAGUUACGGCUCUUCUCAACUUAUCAAUCAAUGAUAACAACAAAGCUGCCAUUGGAAAUGCAAAUGCAAUAGAACCCUUGAUUCAUGUGCUCCAGACAGGGAGCCCUGAAGCUAAGUCAAAUUCUGCUGCAACUCUUUUUAGCCUCUCAGUGAUAGAAGAAAACAAAAUCAAGAUUGGCAGGUCUGGAGCAAUUAAACCCCUAGUUGAUUUAUUGGGGAAUGGAACUCCAAGGGGCAAGAAAGAUGCAGCCACAGCUUUGUUUAACUUGUCAAUAUUUCAUGAAAACAAGGCCCGUAUUGUGCAGGCAGGUGCCGUAAAGUUCCUUAUAGACCUGAUGGAUCCUGCCGCUGGAAUGGUUGAUAAGGCAGUUGCCGUUUUGUCUAAUCUGGCUACUGUUCAAGAGGGUAGGACGGCAAUUGGUCAGGAAGGAGGAAUCCCGGUCCUGGUCGAGGUGGUUGAGCUCGGGUCAGCAAGAGGCAAGGAAAAUGCUGCUGCUGCACUCCUGCAGUUAUGUACUAAUAGCAACAGAUUUUGCAGUAUGGUUCUCCAAGAAGGAGCUGUUCCUCCAUUAGUCGCAUUGUCGCAGUCGGGUACCCCAAGAGCUAGAGAAAAGGCUCAGCAACUUCUUGGCUACUUUAGAAGCCAACGCCAUAAUAAUGCUGGUAGGGGCUGA